AAGCCGCCCUGGCACCGUUACCGACAGCUCGUGGCACCUUCGCCCCGUGUUCCCUCCCACCACCCACCACCACCCAACACUGCUGCUGCUGCUGCUGCUGCUGCUGCUGCUGCCGCUGCCUCAAGUGCCCUCCAGAUUCGUCUUCGGGCGGAGUCAGUCACGGUCGCGUCCUGGUGGUGUCUAGAUCGUCCCUCCUUCCCUCCCCUCAGCCUCAGCCAUGCCGAACCGCAACAAAGAACUGGAGCAGGAGGUGAUGGCGUGGGUGGAGGCGGUGAUGGGCCAGAAGCUACCACCUGGAAACUUUGAUGAUGUGUUCAAAGACGGUGUGGUUCUGUGCAAUCUCAUCAACAAGAUCCAGCCCAACUCCGUCAAGAAGAUUCAGACCUCCGGCGGCUCCUUCAAGCUUAUGGAGAACAUUCAGAGGUUCCAGGAGGCCAUCAAGAAGUACGGCGUGCCCCAUGAGGAGAUCUUCCAGACUGCUGACCUCUUUGAGCGACGCAACAUCCCCCAGGUGGUGCUCUGCCUCUACUCCUUGGGCCGCAUCACCCAGAAGCACCCAGAGUACAACGGGCCGUCUCUGGGGCCAAAGAUGGCUGAUGAGAACAAGAGGGAGUGGGACGAGGACCAACAGAGGCAGCUGAGGGAUGGUCAGAUCGGCUUGCAGAUGGGCCAGAACAAGGGCGCCACGCAGUCCGGCAUGGGCGCCCUCAAUAAUACCCGCCACAUGUAAGAGGAAGAGGAAUCAGAAGCGCCGUGAUCGAGACCGACCUUCCUUCCUUCUCUUCAGCCCAGCAAGACCUCACUGGGAUCUACUAAAGGCUUCCUCUUAUCUCUCGCUCCGCUACCACCGCCAAGCAAGCAGCGAAUACUAUCUUCUGGAUGCCCCACCUUAUGUUAUUGUUUUGUUUUCUGUUAUGAUUAUUUUUUUACCCCCAUUCGUUCCUCUCCCUUCUCUUCCUCCUCCUUCCUGCUACUCCUGUCAUCAUUUCCUUAUCCCUCUUCCUUCAAUACACAUACACUGUACACUGCUGUCAUUUUAUACACCUCCAUCUACCUAUACUUUGAGUGGUAUCAUUUCCUACUUGUAAUUUGUUGUCUGUUCUCUCUGAGCCUCUUCUCUAAGGAAUAAGACUAGACAUCAUAGGUGUUUGACGGUAUAGAAUGGAAUAACGAAUAUAUUCUUUCUCUAAACGUAUUUUCAGUGUCUUACGAAGCAUGGCAAAGGAUGUAAGAACUCGAAACUAAACAAUAUACCUCUCUCAAGAACGUCACUAAAAGAGAAUACAAACAUUUAGGUGUGUUUAGUAUAAGAGCACUGACAACGAGAUCCUAAGAUUCAGAUAAUGCUUGCACACAACACCACCAUCAGUCUGUCCUUUUUUUUUUUCUGUGCAGAACGUGUUGCUCCUGACCGAGAGUGACUUAGAGUGACUGUUACGAUGCGUGCAAGUCUCAUUUUGUGCCAAGAUGCUACUUGAUUUUAAUUUUACUUCACAGACCUUGAGACUUUCUUUUUUAAUCUAGCAUACAUUUUACCCUAAGUCUCUCUCCCUCUCCCUCUCCCUCUCUCUCUCUCUCUCUCUCUCUCUCUCUCUCUCUCUCUCUCUCGCUCUCUCUCUCUCUCUCUCUCAGGACAGGACGCAGAGGUAGGAGGAUAAGCAAGCCUUCCGCCGCCACACUGUAGAUAGCCACUCACUUGAAUCGCCAUUAUUUUUUUACUUUCCUUGACGUAUCUUUAUUUCGUUCAGUUCUCGUUUUAAUUCCAUUCGGCUGGAGUUAAUCAUUACUGUAGUUUUAACACACGAACGCUUAUGACAUUUGUCCUCACGGGCGAGGCGAUAACUGGAUGAAUGUUUGUGGAGGAGUGAAGGAGAGACUGAGCGAGGGAGGAUAGUGUUAAGAUUGACCUGGAGGAGAAUAGCAAGGAUAAGACUGAGAAAUGUCUUUUAUUCAGUGAUAUCAGAAGUAUAAAGUAACCUUCGUCUUUCGCUUCACUUCCUUCCCCAUUCGUCCAAACACACACACACACACACACACACACACACACACACACACACACACACACACACACACACACACACACACACACUGCAUAAUAUGGGUUAUCAAAUAAAUGGUACUUAUUUAA